AUGGGAAUCCAAAUCAUUCAGGAUGGGAUUCUUAGACUCCAUGAGUAUACUUCAUUGGAUGAAGCGAGUCUCAAAGUGGUUAUUUGUGCGUUAUUAUCCUACCCUUUUGGAGUGAUAUUCAAACGUUUACCUGAUCGCCAAUACACAUUAAAGAACAUAUUUGUUGUCUUAGUGUCUUCCUUCUACAUCUUUGGUGUAUUGAACCUCUAUGAUGGACUCUAUACGCUCUUAAUUUCAUCUUUAGGAUGUUACUUUAUUACCAGAUACGUUCGUACAUCUACAAUGCCCUGGAUCAAUUUUUUGUUCUUGAUGUCCCACUUGGCCUUUAAUCAUGUUCAUAAUCAAUUCUUCCAAACCGCUGACUUCACAAAGAUAGACAUUACUGGUGCACAAAUGGUCUUAGUUAUGAAGUUAUCUGCGUUUGGCUGGAGUGUGUACGAUGCCAAACAACCUAAGGAACUGCUUUCUCUGUAUAACAAAUCUCGUGUCAUCCGCAAGCAUCCAAAUAUUUUACCAUACCUUGGUUAUGUGUUUUUCUUUGCAUCGGUUUUAACUGGUCCUGCCUUUGACUAUGCUGAUUAUGACAAGUUCAUUCAUUCCACUCUCUUUGAUGACGUACCUGACUCUAAGAGACCAGGAAGAAAAGUCAAACGUAAGAUUCCUAGAAGUGGACGUCAAUCUAUGUGGAAGUUGGCUCAAGGUAUAUUCUGGGCUGUUUGUCUUGUAUUAUCUUCCCGUUUUGUUUCACUUGAUUAUGUGUUCAAUUCUGAAUUUGUAACAAAGCAUUACUUUGUAUACCGUAUUUUCUACCUCUGGGUACUUGGAUUCAGCCAUCGUUUGAAAUACUACGCUAUUUGGUUAAUUGCUGAAGGUAGUUGUAUCUUGUGUGGUAUUGGAUAUAAUGGAUAUGAUGCUGAGACUGACUCAUUCAAGUGGAAUAGAGUACAAAACAUUGAUCCAUAUUCUUUUGAAACUGGUCAAAAUGUUCAUAUUUGUUUGGAAUCUUGGAAUAUGAAUACUAACAAAUGGUUGAAGAAUUAUGUUUACUUUAGAGUAGCCAAAGCAGGAAAGAAACCAGGAUUUAAGAGUACUCUUUUCACCUUUGUUACUAGUGCCUUUUGGCAUGGUACCAGACCAGGAUAUUACUUAUCGUUUGUCAUGGGUGCAUUCCUUCAAUCUCUUGGUAAAAUAUAUCGUCGUAACUUCCGUCCAAUGUUUUUGAACGCCGAUGGAUCCGCAAAGCCAACCAAGAAAUUAUAUGAUAUUGUUUGUUAUAUUGUUACUCAAUUGGCAUUUGGAUACAUUGUUCAACCAUUUGUGAUUUUAGAUUUUAAGAAAUCUAUUUGGUGUUGGUCUACCGUUUACUUCUACGUGAAUUUUGUUAUUGCUAUCACUUUUUUCGCAUUUAAAGGUCCAUACGGCAAGCAAGUUACUGCAUGGUGUAAAUCUUACCAUCCUGUUGUUGAAGUAAAGAAGGUAAAGGAUGAAGAACCAACCAAGAAGAGAGUUCCAUUAAGUGUUGAGGAAAGAGAGAAGGUUACCAAGUUGGUAGGUCAUAUUACUGUAAAGGAAGAGACAGAAGUUCCAUCAUUAGGUUUGCCACUGAUUGAAGCAUUCCAAGAAAUGAAUAAAGAAGAAUUUGAUCAAGAUAUGAAGGAGCUUGGAGAAGUUUGGACUUCAUUCCGUGGAAGAAGAAAGUCAAUUCAUGACGAUGACUUUGAAGGACUCAAAGAUGCCUAUAAUAACUUCAAAGAAGAAAUAAACGAUAUUUUCCAGGCACAAGUUGAAAAGAAAGAAGAUUUAAAAGCUCUUAAUAAGAAGAAAGAGAAUUGA